AUGACGGUCAUUGCUGUGGCUGGUGGAACUGGUGGAGUGGGCAAAGCUAUUGUUGAAAAAUUGCUCGACUCUAAAUUUGACAUUGUCGUUUUAUCUCGCGGAGUUAAACAGGACUUUGCUUCGCAGAAUAUACAAAAUGUGCAGAUCAACUACGAUGAUAUUUCAUCAAUGACACAUGAGCUUGAGCGAUACAACAUCCACACCGUCAUAUCCGCUAUUGGUCUUGUUUCCGAUGAGACAAGUCAGUCUCAGUUGAACUUGAUCAAAGCUGCAGAGAAGUCGGUAUCGACGAAAAGAUUCAUCCCCAGUGAAUACUCAUUUGUCCAAACCACUGAGUUACUCCCGAUUGACCCUAGCAUUCAAUACUGGCUUGAUGCGGCAGAUUGUCUCAAGGCUAGUGGCUUACAAUAUACCAGGGUAAUCCCUGGUUUCUUUAUGGACUAUUGGGGAAUGCCACAUGUCCAAACUCACCUGCAGCCCUUCACCUUUGGUAUUGAUAUAUCCAGCGGCACGGCUGCGAUCCCAGGAGAUGGUAACAAUGUGAUUUGUAUGACAUAUACGUACGACAUGGCUACUUACCUGGUCAAGGCACUUGACCUUGAGGAAUGGCCUGAGCUCAGUGUAAUCGUUGGAGAUGAAGUUACCUACAACCAGGUUCUCGGUAUGGCGGAAGAAUUCACCGGUAAGAAUAUCGCACGCCCUUACUUGGGAUACAUCCGCAACCUAAUAAUAAUUUCCGAAACAGGCAAGAAAUUCAAGGUAGCAUAUGAUAGUCUGGAGCAAAUCAAGACUGGUGAUGUUACCGUCCCUCCGCAGCCAGAGGGAAUGGAAUGCUCAUCGGACGAACUCAAGGAGGUGACUGCGUUAGUGAGCAGACUCACAGUCAACAAUGUCUUUCAAUUGCCGGAGGAUCGUCUCAAUACUCAAUUCCCAGAGGUGAAGCCAAUUACGAUGAGACAAUUCCUGCACAAUGCUUGGAAUAGAAAUAUUACAUAA